GGCGCCUUUCCGGAGCGCGGGGAGAUGUAAAGACAGACAAAUCGUUUUCCCAAUGAGACUGUAGAAGAGACAAGCUAAUUGACCAAUGAGGACUGCGGGGCGGGAUCCUUUACCGCGGCGGAGUCCAAGAUGGCGGCGUGCGGUUCCGCUGUGUGAAACGAGCGCGGGGCGGCGGGUUAAUCAUCUCCGCGGAGACGACCUCCGACGACCCGCAACAAUGAAGGGAAAAGAGCGCUCUCCAGUCAAGCCCAAACGCUCCCGUGGAGGUGAGGACUCGACUUCCCGCGGGGAGCGGAGCAAGAAGUUAGGGGGCUCUGGUGGCAGCAAUGGGAGUAGCAGCGGAAAGACCGACAGCGGCGGCGGGUCGCGGCGCAGCCUUCAUCUGGACAAGUCCAGCAGCCGAGGUGGCAGCCGCGAGUAUGACACUGGUGGGGGCAGCUCCAGUAGCCGCUUGCAUAGUUACAGCUCCCCAAGCACCAAAAAUUCCUCGGGCGGGGGCGAGUCGCGCAGCAGCUCCCGGGGUGGAGGCGGGGAGUCACGUUCCUCUGGGGCCGCCUCCUCAGCUCCUGGCGGCGGGGACGGCGGGGAAUACAAGACACUGAAGAUAAGCGAGUUGGGGUCCCAGCUGAGUGACGAAGCGGUGGAGGACGGACUGUUUCACGAGUUCAAACGUUUCGGUGAUGUAAGUGUCAAAAUCAGUCAUCUCUCGGGUUCUGGCAGCGGGGAUGAGCGAGUAGCCUUUGUGAACUUCCGGCGGCCAGAGGACGCGCGGGCGGCCAAGCAUGCCCGAGGCCGCUUAGUGCUCUAUGACCGGCCUCUGAAGAUAGAAGCUGUGUAUGUGAGCCGGCGCCGCAGCCGCUCCCCUUUAGACAAAGAUACUUACCCUCCGUCAGCCAGCGUGGUCGGGGCCUCUGUAGGUGGACACCGGCACCCCCCUGGAGGAGGUGGAGGCCAGAGAUCACUUUCCCCUGGUGGCGCAGCCUUGGGAUACAGAGACUACCGGUUGCAGCAGUUGGCUCUUGGCCGCCUGCCCCCUCCACCUCCACCACCAUUGCCCCGUGAGCUGGAGAGAGAGCGAGACUACCCGUUCUAUGAGAGAGUGCGCCCAGCAUACAGUCUUGAGCCAAGGGUGGGAGCUGGAGCAGGUGCUGCUCCUUUCCGAGAAGUGGAUGAGAUCUCACCCGAGGAUGAUCAGCGAGCUAACCGGACGCUUUUCUUGGGCAACCUAGACAUCACUGUGACAGAGAGUGAUCUAAGAAGGGCUUUUGACCGCUUUGGAGUCAUCACUGAGGUAGACAUCAAGAGGCCUUCUCGGGGCCAGACCAGUACCUAUGGCUUUCUCAAAUUUGAGAACCUAGACAUGUCUCACCGGGCCAAACUAGCAAUGUCUGGCAAAAUUAUUAUUCGGAAUCCUAUCAAAAUUGGUUAUGGUAAAGCUACGCCCACCACCCGCCUCUGGGUAGGUGGUCUGGGACCUUGGGUGCCUCUUGCUGCCCUGGCCCGAGAGUUUGACCGAUUUGGCACCAUUCGCACUAUAGACUACCGCAAAGGUGAUAGUUGGGCAUAUAUCCAAUAUGAAAGCCUCGAUGCAGCUCAUGCUGCCUGGACCCAUAUGCGUGGCUUCCCACUUGGUGGCCCAGAUCGUCGCCUUAGAGUAGACUUUGCAGAUACAGAACAUCGUUACCAGCAGCAAUAUCUGCAGCCUCUGCCCUUAACUCAUUAUGAGUUGGUGACAGAUGCUUUUGGACAUCGAGCACCUGACCCUUUGAGGGGUGCUCGGGAUAGGACACCACCCUUACUGUACAGAGAUCGUGACAGAGACCUUUAUCCUGACUCUGACUGGGUGCCACCCCCGCCCCCAGUCCGUGAACGCAGCACUCGGACUGCAGCUACUGCUGUGCCUGCUUAUGAGCCACUGGAUAGCCUGGAUCGCAGGCGAGAUGGCUGGUCCUUGGACCGGGACAGAGGCGAGCGAGAUCUGCCCAGCAGCAGAGACCAGCCUAGGAAGCGAAGGCUGCCUGAGGAAAGUGGGGGCCGGCACCUGGAUAGGUCCCCUGAGAGUGACCGUCCCCGAAAACGUCACUGUGCUCCUUCUCCCGACCGCAGCCCAGAGUUGAGCAGUAGCCGGGAUCGCUACAACAGUGACAAUGAUCGAUCUUCCCGUCUUCUUAUCUUGGAAAGGCCCUCUCCAGUCAGAGACAGACGAGGUAGUUUGGAGAAGAGCCAGGGUGACAAGCGAGACCGUAAAAACUCUGCAUCAGCUGAACGGGAUAGGAAGCACCGGACAGCUGCUCCCACUGAGGGAAAAAGCCCUCUGAAAAAAGAAGACCGUUCUGAUGGGAGUGCACCCAGCACCAGCACUGUUUCCUCGAAGCUAAAGUCCCCUUCCCAGAAACAGGACGGUGGGACAGCCCCCACAGCUGCAGCCUCUCCCAAACUCUGUUUGGCCUGGCAGGGCAUGCUUCUAUUGAAGAACAGCAACUUUCCUUCCAACAUGCAUCUGUUGCAGGGUGACCUCCAAGUGGCUAGUAGUCUUCUUGUGGAGGGCUCAACUGGAGGCAAAGUAGCCCAGCUCAAGAUCACUCAGCGUCUUCGUUUGGACCAGCCCAAGUUGGAUGAAGUAACUCGACGCAUCAAAGUGGCAGGGCCCAAUGGUUAUGCCAUUCUUCUGGCUGUGCCUGGAAGUUCUGACAGCAGGUCCUCCUCUUCUUCAGCCACGUCAGACACUGCCACCUCUACUCAGAGGCCACUUAGGAACCUUGUGUCCUAUUUAAAGCAAAAGCAGGCCGCUGGGGUGAUAAGCCUCCCUGUGGGGGGCAACAAAGACAAGGAAAACACCGGGGUCCUACAUGCUUUCCCACCCUGUGAGUUCUCCCAGCAGUUCCUGGAUUCCCCUGCCAAGGCACUGGCCAAAUCUGAAGAAGAUUACCUGGUCAUGAUCAUUGUCCGUGCAAAACUGGUGAACUGCGGAUUGAAGAUAUGGAAUUCAAAGCUCUAAUGGACCUUUUUGAAGAGAAGUUGUGGCUUAUGUGGAGUUUACAUGGGCCUCUUGAUGGAAGAAAGCUAAUCUGUUUAGUAUUUGUGCAUUUUACUAAAAUGGCAGCUUAAAGUUGUGUAUCUGCUAUUGUGAUGCCAAUGCCGGUGUUUUAAGUGGAAAAAAAAUGACCUCUUGCUUUGUGCUGUGUACACAAGAUUUCUGGAAAAGUAAAGAAAAACCCUUUUUAUGGCUCACACAGCUUAAAAGUAGCUGUCACUCAAACGUGCGCUCACAGUUGAGCUGCUUUUGUUUUAUUCUAAAUAAAUUGUUUCUUUUGAGGAAAAUGUU